UCACGGUGCGCCCAUCUUUCCUGUGUGCAGCAAACGCAGCACCGGACCGCCUAAGGCUCCCGCGGCUGAGCUCAGGACGCCCUCUCCUCCGGCUCCUGGGUGGAUGUUAGUCAUGACAAAGGUGUAGCCAUUUCAGCGAACGUCACUCCAACGAAAUAAUUAUGGCCACAAAUAACGUGGUUAAUGAAGCCCAGAAGCUGGAGUCCUGCGAGGCAGCAGCAGAUGGAGACCCCUCUAUUCAAGUCAAGAUUUUACAGGUCCCAGCCAAAUGUGGACCCGUGGCUGCUGUGCAACCCCCCCACACUGCUGCAGGUGUCUCAAGGGGCGACUCUAUGUUUGCCCCACCUAAAAUCAUCCCCACUGGCCAGGGCCACCAAUCCACCUCCUCUACAGUCACGGUCCCAGGGCUUCAGACGUCCUCUCCUUCUGUCAUGGUGGUAGCAAAGGUGCCCCCCUCAGGAGGAGUGAGUGUUAACAGCCAACCACAGGUAACAAAACCAGCUUUGAGUCAGCUGGCCUCCAUGAACCAGGCCACAACCUCAGGAAGGACGGUGGUGAUAACUGUACCAAGGGCAGCAGCUCCCCAGCCGGUCACUGUGGCCCCUCGGCUGCCACAGACUGCUUCCCCGCAGCUCCCAGCCAAUAUCCAGAUACCACCAGGUAUGAUGUUGAUCCGCAGUGAUAGUGGUCAGCUGAUGCUGGUAUCCCAGCAGGCUUUGGCACACGCUCAGCAGGGACCAAGAGGUGUCAGUGGCCAAGUGCCCAGAAUACUGGCCCCGCAGGUAUCUGCAGCAGCUGGAAAUAAAGGUCAUGAGAAGGUGACAGUGAUCAGGAUGGCAGCCCCUCCCAGUUUCCAACCAGCACCAGCACCAGUCCAGAAGACAGCUGUGGUAAAGAUGAUUGGCGUAGCUCCCAAACCAGCUGUAGUCCAAACCCUCAGUGCUGUGUCUGAGCGGGGGAGCCAGCCUCGCAUUCAGGCGGUCAACACAGAAACCAAAAAGGAGCCAGCGACCACGUUUACUCAGGAGACCCUGGAAAGUGUGAAGAAGUGCAAGAACUUCCUGGUGACCCUGAUCAAGCUGGCCUCCAGUGACUCCAGGUCUGUCGACAUGGCUAACAACGUCAGAGGACUGGUCAGGAGUCUGCUGGAAGGGAAGCUAGAAGCAGAGGAGUUUACAGAACAGCUCUAUCAUGAGUUGAAGUCGACUCCACAGCCCUGCUUGGUGCCUUUCCUCAAGAAAAGUCUUCCUGCGGUGCGUCGCCUUACUGCAGACCCCCAGUUAUUUAUCCAACAGGCUUCAACUUCCACCCACAACCCCAACACUCUGUCUUCCACCAUGAAGCAGUCCAGCACUGACACUGGACAAAAAUUCAGUACAAGCCAGCAGGUGAUCCAGCUGCCCCGAGGAGUGACCUUGAGACCUGGGUUGACGACAUUAGCCCACUCCAGAAAUUACAUAUCUAAGAGCAGCAGACCCACCCCCAAACACACAGUGGUCCAGUCAGGAAAACACUUCACAGGAACUUUUUCAAUGAAACAGCCUUUCAUGCAGGAUCCACCUUGUUCUACCAAAUUUGCAUUCAAGAACAGUUCAGGAUCUUACAAAGAAGAUGAUGACAUCAAUGACGUAGCCUCCAUGGCUGGAGUCAACCUGAGAGAGGAAAAUGCACAAAUCUUGACCACUAUGGUUGGUUCUGUGGUCCAGUCGUGCCAGGAUCAUCCCUUCCUCUCACCUAACCCAGUGCUCAGCCGAAUCCUUCAUACAGGACAGGCACUGGGAGUAACUGAUGUCGCUCCAGAGGUGGUAGCUCUGGUUUCUCAUGCUACACAGGAGUGUCUCCGUGGGCUGCUGGAGAAGCUUGCUGUGAUGGCAGAACACCGCAAGGCAGCCCUGAAGGAGGACUUGUGGCAUGCCAAAGUGAGUGAUGUACGCUCCCAGCUUCGCUUCCUGGAGGAAGUGGAGAGUUUGAAGAAGAAAAGGAAAGAUGAAGAGGAGAGAGAGAGACUGCUGCGUUUGGCCAGAAGUCGCUCACACACUGAGGAUCCACAGCAUCAGCAGCUCAAGCAAAGAGCCAAAGAGUUACAACAAAUAGAAGAAGCUCAGCUGCAGCAAAGAGAGGCCAACCUCACCGCUCUAGCUGCCAUUGGGCCUCGCAAGAAGAGACCUCUGGAGCAGAUUGAAAGCCAGGUGACUCUGCUGCCUAGACCAGGUCUUCAGAGAGUGACUCGGGUCAUGCUGAGGGAUCUGCUGGUGUGUAUGGAGCAGGACCACUUCCUACGCCAUUCUCUCUCUCUGUACAAAGCGAUGAUCUGACUACAUUAACUUACUCUUACUACAGUGACUGAUAAUAAUCUCUAGUUUGUGUUUAUGGGAUCCCAAGUUUUGGAAUCUUUUUUUUUUACCUAAAAAAAAAUGUUUGCACUUUGUUUUAAUUCUAUCAAAUAUCUCUGUUCAUGAUCUACCAUUUAUUUGAAUAUGUUGUUUGGAAGGUAGUGCUGGAUCAGUGAUGUUGAUCAGCUGUCUCUAAAAGCACUCAUAGUUUUGGUUUUGAUGUUGAUUGUGUUCUUUUGAAAGUGAGAUUUUCAGGUGCAGAUAUACUGUAAUGAACCUGUUAUUGGGAUUAUAAAGAUAAGAAUAGAAGAUAAGUGCAUCUAGGAAACACUGCUGUUUACUGAAAAGUGUUCUAGAGCUGUAACAAUUAGUCAGUUAAUCGAUUAUUUAUCGACAGAAAAGUAAUUGGCAAUUAUUUUGAUAAAAAUCCAAAAUCUUUUUAGUUAUUUUUUAAGCAACAUAAGCUGAUUUCAUGCUUCUUGUGAAAAUGGGAAAUUUUGUUUUUCUUUGCCAUACAUGAUAGUAAACUUAAUAGCUUUGGAUCUUUUGACUGUUUGUCAGACAGAACAUGACAUUUGACAUUUUAUAGACAAAAUGAUUAAUCGAGAAAAUAAUGGGCAGAUUAAUGAAAAGAAUUGUUAGUUGCAGCCCUAAAGUGUUCUAUGAACAGUGUUGGAAAAGUGCAGAAAGUGUUGUUGAGUUCUCAGUUGGUUGUUUUUCAUUAUUCUUCUUGUUUAUUGUUUGACCAUUAAAUAAAAGUAGAAUUUGUCACA